CCGUUCAAUAAAGUUAAUUGAAAUAAACAAAGUGACGUCAUAUCGCAAUGGCGGCCUCCGUGACAGUGCUUACUCCGAACGGGAGAAGACAGACCGUCAAGGUGUCUCCGAACACCCCCUUAUUGCAGGUUCUCGAGGACGUCUGUAAAAAACACGAAUUCAACCCUAACGACCACGGGUUGAAGUUCCAGAGGAACGUUCUGGACCUGACGCUCCAAUGGAGGUACGCCAGUCUGCCCAACAAUGCCAAACUGGAAAUGGUGGCAGGGGCCAGAAAGCAGACCGCAGCCGACGGACAGGUACGUAUCGGUCUCCAGAUGGAGGAUGGUUCUCGACUCCAAGGAACGUUCUCCAGUGGGCAGAACCUUUGGGAACUCCUCACACACUUUCCUGAGACAAGAGCGCUGGCCGAGUCAGGAGCCACCCCCGUGUGUGUCUACAUGAGAGACCAGGUGACUGGAGCAGAGGCUUUACAGACGGCCACGCUGAGGUCUCUGGGGCUCAGCAGUGGGAGCGCCGUGGUCCGCUUUCUUCUAAAAGACACCAAAACAGACGAUGACGAAGAUGGCGGGCGGGAGGGGACGAAGGGGAGCAGACCUCCUCCCUCCCAGCGCUCCCAUGGACCGGCCCCCUCUCAGCCCGACGCUCCGGGAUCCGGAGCGCCGCUCCGUACGGCCAGCCCCGACCGGCCGUCUGCUGCCCCCCCUGCGGCCCCCCCCGCUGCCCCCCCUGCGGCCCCCCCCGCUGCCACCUCACCUGCCCCCCCCGCUGCCCCCCCUGCUGCCACCUCACCUGCCCCCCCCGCUGCCCCCCCCGCUGCCACCAUGCCUGCCCCCCCCCUUGCGGCCCCCGCCCCCCUGUCCUCUGCCCGCACUGCCCCCCUCCCCCCUGACGCUCCCCCGGCCUCCCAGCAUGCCUCUGGGUUGAGCGCGGCGGCGGUGGAUGACGGAGAGACAGCGGGUCCGUCGGGACUCGCCUCCCCCCCGCCGCCCGCCGCCCCCUUCACCCCCUUCACAGGGGGGGGCCAGCGCCUGGGCGGGCCCGCCGCCGGGGGGGCGGGGCCUCUGUCGUCCUCCUCCGGGUCGUCCUCUGGGGUAUCCAAGGCAACAGGAGGGUCCCCCAAAGCCAAGAAGGCCAAACCCUGCCAGAACGCCAACGCCAAGGGUCGGGUCAACCAGAGCGAUGAAGACAUGGAGCUGAGGGAGGGCCUUCUGGAGCCCGUGGAGAGGGAGGCUCUGGUCUACAGCCUGGACUCCGGACCCCAGCGGACGGGCGCCCACCAUGAGCUGUCAGACGAGUUCUUUGAGGUGACCGUCGACGACAUACGCAAGCGCUUCGCCCAGCUGAAGAGCGACAGGAGGUCGCUGGAGGAGACCCCCUUGAUGACCAAAGCCCUGAAGGAGUCCCAGCUCAAGGAGAAGAUGGAGCGCUAUCCCAAGGUGGUCCUCAGGGUCCAGUUCCCAGACCGCCACGUCCUUCAGGGAUUCUUCCGGCCCCUGGAGACGGUUGCUGAUGUCCGGAGGUUCGUCCAGAACCACCUGGAGGACCCUGAGCUGGACUUCUACCUGUUCGUCACCCCUCCCAAGACGGUCCUGGACGAGGCCUCCGUCACGCUGUUCCAGGCCCACCUGUUCCCCGGAGCCCUGGUGUACUUCGGCUGUGAGCUGCAGACCGACUGCUACCUGCAGAGGGAGCACCUGAGCGCCUGUGUGUCCGCCACGCAGGCCAACGAGUCCAUCGCCAGCUGCAUGCCCCCCUCCCCAGAGGACGGACGCCCCCCCUCUGAGCCUAAGGGGGGCCGACAGGACGGACCGCCCCCCCCCACGGCCCACAGCCAGCCCCCCCAGCGGGCGGGACCGGACGCCGGCAAGGUCCCCAAGUGGCUGAAGCUCCCAGGAAAGAAGUGAGUCUCCUGCUGGUCAACUAGAGACUGCAGUCUUCUCCAUCGCUGAAAUGAACCUCACCAUUUUAGCUUUACCGCCGUUAUGGCAAAGCACUCGAUUGAUCAUGUAACACGCCGGCAUUCAACAGUGAAACAAGAACAUGUAAGGACUAAUAAAUACUUGCAUACGUUUUCG